UCUAUUCAGGAAUAGUUCAUGAGGUUGUGAGCUUGAGUUUACGGGUGCUGCAUAAUAGUCUUGCUUGCUUUUUCUUUCCCUUCACGCCACUGGACGCCCCGCUACCCUUACCUCUUGGGAUCCGCCGCACUCCAUCCCUACUGCCUACUGCCUUUUGCAUCCUGCUGCCACCAUGUCUGGUGCGAGCAGCCACAAGGUCAUUCCCAAAGGAGCAGUAUACACCGACAUCGACCAUGAACCCGUCACGACCGUCCUGCCGCAAGGCGACAUCCCCUUUGUCGACCAUGAGAUGGACGCGGACGAAAGGGUGAUUGUGGCCCUGGGAUAUAAGCAAGAGUUCAAGCGCGAGUUCUCGCUGUGGACGACUUUCUGCGUUAGUUUUUCGGUGUUGGGGCUGCUUCCAUCGUUUGCAAGCACGAUAUACUACGGAAUGGGCUAUGCAGGGACUGCCGGUAUGGUCUGGGGCUGGAUCAUUGCGAUGAUCUUCAUCCAAUGUAUUGCAAUGUCCAUGGCGGAGCUAUGCUCUGCGAUGCCUACGAGUGGUGGGCUUUACUACGCUGCAGCAGUUCUUGCCCCUCCAAAAUACGGGCCCUUUGCCGCGUGGAUUACCGGUUGGUCCAAUUGGAUCGGGCAGAUUACCGCAGCGCCGUCUGUGGACUAUGCGCUCUCUGCAAUGAUUCUCGCCGCUGCGUCGAUACAGAAUCCGGACUAUGUCCCGACAAAUUGGCAGGUCUACCUCCUGACAACGCUCGUCAUGGUCAUCCAUACGGCGAUCAGCAGCAUGCCCACCAUAUGGGUUGCGCGCGUCAAUUCGUGGGGCUCAACGUUUAACAUGCUUGCCCUCAUCGUGGCCCUCAUCGCCAUCCCUGCCGGAACUACCAACGAGCCCAAAUUCACCUCGUCCAAGGAAGUCUGGGGUACCAUCACCAACCUCACCGACUUCCCCGACGGCGUUGCCGUGCUGAUGACCUUUGUCGGAGUCAUCUGGACCAUGUCCGGCUACGAUUCGCCCUUCCACCUGAGCGAGGAAUGCUCCAACGCCAAUAUCGCCUCGCCGCGUGCGAUUGUGAUGACCUCCGGCGUGGGAGGCCUGUUGGGUUGGUUCCUGCAGCUCGUCGUCGCCUACACCGUCACUGAUAUCAAUGCGGUCAUCAAUUCGGAUCUGGGCCAACCCUGGGCCUCGUACUUGCUGCAGGUCAUGCCGCGUAAGACCGCCCUCGCCAUUUUGUCACUGACCAUCAUCAGCGGGUUCUCCAUGGGACAAGGCUGCAUGGUGGCCGCAUCACGAGUAACGUACGCCUACGCGCGAGAUGACUGCUUCCCUCUAUCAAAAUACUGGAAGAUGGUCAACUCGCGCACCCAGACCCCUGUCAACGCGGUGAUCCUCAACGGCGUUCUAGGAAUCCUCAUGUGUCUGCUAAUCCUGGCUGGCGAUGUUGCCAUUGGAGCGUUGUUCUCGAUUGGAGGUAUCGCCCAAUUCGUCGCCUUCGCCGUUCCCAUCGCGAUUCGGGUGUUCUUCGUGGGACACCGAUUCCGCAAGGGCCCAUGGCAUCUGGGCCCUUUCGGACCAUGGAUCGGAGGAAUGGGUGUGGCGUUCGUGCUUCUUAUGGUGCCCGUGCUGUGCCUGCCCAGCGUCACGGGGUCUGAUCUGACGCCAGAUCUGAUGAACUGGACGUGUCUGGUCUGGGGGGCACCGAUGCUGGGGGUGACUAUCUGGUGGUUUGUGGAUGCACACAAAUGGUUCAAGGGACCGAAGGUGAACGUGGAGCAUGCAAUUCAUACUGUGGAGGAGGCGUCUGUUAUUGACGGCAUCGACGGCGUGGGCGGAGAUGAUGAUGCAGGGCAAGAUACAUCGAGCAAGGCGUCUACAAGGUAGUCUUGGCCGUGUGCUGUGCUUUUAAUGCUGUGUUUUAGUUGGAUAUAGCCAUAUAUACAUAGUACCUUGUGAAUACUUAAUCGAAUGGCAGCAGUUUGCUGGAC